UCAUUUUCGUCAAUUUACCGUCACUUCGCCAGUUAAGGGAGUGAUGGGCUAAAGCUUGAUACCAUCAGUAUUAACGGAAAUGGCUAAAAUCGUUGAAUUUUUUAAAUAGGAGGGACCAAAUGUAUUUUUUAUGAACAUAGGGGGUCAAAUAUGUAAUUAGUGCAACGUUGAGGACCAAAAAUGUAUUUCUCCCAAAAAGAAAAAAAAAAAAAAAAUGCCCCUAUUAAUGAUGCCUGGUCGGCGCGCCUUCCAAGCACGUGCUCGUCGCGUGAGGAAGCCUUCCCGCCAAGUCUUUCCCGCCAAAAACCCAUUUCCAACCCCAAUUGCCCAAACCCUCGAGCCCUCUUCACCAGAGCGUUUCACUCACACCCACCCACACACGCACACACAGAGAGAGAGAGAGAGAGAGAGAGAGAGAGAGAGAGAGAGGAGAGAGAGAGAGAAGAUAGAGAGAUGUCUGGCUGGGACGAAGGAGGAGUGUUCUACAGCGACCAGGCGCAGUACCCGCACGUCGGCGGUGAACAGUCAGAGACGGCUAGCCGGCAUACGGCGCUGCAGAAAUUCAAGGAAUUCAUAAGGAAUUUCCAGCACAAGAGCCAACCCAAUGUAUUUCCCUACAGAGAGGCCCUGCUUUCGAACCCUAAAUACGUGCUCGUCAAUCUCGCCGACCUCAUCUCCUACGAUCCUGAUCAAAACCUCCCCCAGUUUCUCCGCCAAAACCCCGCCGACUAUCUCCCCCUCUUUGAAACUGCAGCAGCAGAAGUUCUCACAGGUCUUAAAUCACGGGUAGCUGGAGAGAGUGGAGAAAUGGAAGAGCCAGUGACUGGGGAAGUUCAAGUAUUGCUUAGAUCAGAGCAAGAUCCUGUUUCAAUGCGUUUACUGGGGGCGCAAUAUAUUUCGAAAUUGGUGAAGAUAUCUGGGAUUGUCAUAGCGGCCUCAAGGACUAAGGCAAAAGCUACGUAUGUGACUUUGUUAUGUAAAAAUUGCAAGAAUGUAAAGCUUGUUCCGUGUCGUCCAGGGCUUGGUGGAGCUAUUGUCCCACGAUCUUGUGAUCACGUCGCUCAGGCUGGGGAAGAUCCUUGUCCAGUUGAUCCAUGGCUUGUGGUUCCGGACAAGAGCAAGUAUGUCGAUCAACAGACACUAAAAUUGCAAGAAAAUCCCGAGGAUGUGCCGACUGGAGAGUUGCCAAGGAACAUGCUUCUAUCUAUUGAUCGCCAUCUCGUGCAAACAAUUGUUCCUGGACAAAGGUUGACUAUAAUGGGGAUUUACAGCAUAUUCCAAGCUGCCAACUCAUCGACUUCUCAUAGAGGAGCAGUAGCAGUUAGGCAGCCCUAUAUUCGGGUGGUUGGAUUAGAAGAAACCACUGAGGCUAACACUCGUGGUCCAACCAACUUAACCAGAGAUGAGAUUGAAGAAUUCAAAAAGUUUGCAUCAGAUAGUAAUGCAUACCAGCAAAUAUGCUCGAAGAUUGCUCCUUCGAUAUUUGGCCAUAGUGAUGUGAAAAAGGCUGUUGCCUGCCUUUUGUUUGGAGGCUCAAGAAAGACUUUGCCUGAUGGUGUUAAAUUAAGAGGUGACAUCAAUGUUUUGCUCUUGGGGGAUCCAUCCACAGCCAAAUCACAGUUCCUGAAGUUUGUUGAGAAGACAGCUCCAAUAGCUGUGUAUACUUCUGGAAAAGGCUCAUCUGCUGCCGGUCUUACUGCUUCUGUAAUUCGCGACAAUAGCACACGGGAGUUUUAUCUGGAAGGAGGUGCCAUGGUCUUAGCAGAUGGGGGCGUUGUUUGCAUUGAUGAAUUUGAUAAAAUGAGGGCGGAAGACAGGGUUGCCAUUCAUGAAGCUAUGGAGCAGCAAACUAUAUCUAUUGCUAAGGCAGGAAUAACAACAGUUCUCAAUUCCCGGACCUCUGUGCUUGCUGCAGCUAACCCUCCAUCCGGGCGUUAUGAUGAUCUCAUGACUGCUCGAGACAACAUUGAUUUGCAGACCACCAUUCUUUCAAGAUUUGAUAUAAUAUUUAUUGUGAAAGAUAUCAAAAUGUAUGCGCAAGACAAGAGUAUUGCCAGCCACAUCAUCAAAGUUCAUGCAUCUGCUGAUGCAACUGCAACUGACUCGAAGACUACCAAAGAGGACAACUGGCUGAAAAGAUAUAUACACUAUUGUCGAACCGAGUGUCACCCCCGUCUCUCAGAGUCUGCAGCGUCUAGAUUGCAGGAGAGUUAUGUAAAAAUUAGACAGGACAUGAGACGGCAGUCAAAUGAAACUGGUGAGACAGCCGUAAUACCAAUUACAGUGAGGCAGUUGGAAGCUGUUGUGAGAUUAAGUGAAUCACUUGCUAGAAUGACACUGUCUCAUGUUGCAAAUGACAACCACGUUCUUGAAGCAAUAAGGCUCUUUAACAACUCUACAAUGGAUGCUGCACGUGCCGGAGUUAAUCAACAUCUACACCUUACUCCCGAGAUGGCAAAUGAGAUAAAGCAAGCGGAAACCCAGAUAAAGAGAAGAAUGGGAAUUGGAAGCCACAUAUCAGAGAGACGGCUGAUCGAUGAGCUUACAAGGAUGGGCAUGAAUGAAUCUAUUGUAAGAAGAGCUUUAGUGGUUAUGCAUCAAAGAGAUGAAGUAGAGUAUAAGCGAGAAAGACGGGUAAUUGUCCGUAAAGCGUGAAGCCCGAUGCUAUUGCGUUUGUAAUCUGCCAUUUUUCUGCAGCAGUGUAGCCCAAACCAUAUUUUAGAAGAAUAUUUGUUCUAUGAUGCGGUUAAUGAUGUGUGUUAUUUAAGUAUGUUUGUAAUCGAACGCUUAAACAUAUUGAUUAUAUAAUCUAUAUGGUGAAACAACGCUUUUGCUCUU